CAGUCGAUUGACCGCCCUUGGCAUCAUCAUUAUCCGCUUAGCCGCUGACCUCACACCCACUGAUCAAUGCGUUAACACUGUGCUGCUAUGCCUCACCUCUCGACACGUAUGCCACCGCCCACCAUCUACUACUACCCAUCGAAUUUCGAUGUGAAACCCACUUGCUUCGUUGACAUUAAACAACUAUUUCGAGUUUUCUAUUUGCUUCCACAGUGUUAGUUAGACACGUUAUCUCGUACGACUGACGGUUGCUGCUUCCAGCAUAAAAGCAAUCGGCGAUGCACCAAUUCUACGCGACGCCGCUAGCUAAGGUCGGCCGUAUCAAGCUCUAAUGCUAUUGAGAGCUGAGCUGCCCGGCAUCAGAAUCGGCGCUGUCGCCGGCCGGCCGGCCGGCCGGCCGGCUAUUUGGUUGGUUAGUUUGGUCUCUGGACGGAUGCAUGUACAAACUCGAUGGCGUGUGUACGUGUGCGUCUGUGUGUCCUAGCGAUGUUGUAAGUUGGUUCCUGUUUGUGUGUUUUGCCGCUGCGUGUGAAUAUGUCUGUGUCAUAGCUCAAUGUAUGUCUGUGUGUUUAUGGGUGUACGUCUCUUCUCGACAAGACAAAUGCAGCCGAUGCGGCAGCCGGCGCCGCCGCUGCCGCGGCCGACGGCGCUGAUGCUGCUGUUACCGGGUGGGAGAGGGUAACCAUAACAGAGAAACAGCGACAGCGGCCAAACAGCUGACGAACGCAGCAGCUGCAGCUGCAGCUACGGCGAACCGCAGCGGCCCGACAGACGAGUCGCUCGCUCUCUUAGCUGGUUUGCCUGUUGUAGUUGAGUGGCGGUGUUCGUGGUGGUACGGUGACUGGCUAGCGACAGCCUGGUAGACAGACAAGCACAAGCGGUUGUUUCGUUAGUUAUUCGUGCGAUUGGAUCGUUGGUUGAUUCGGUCGGUCGGUCGGUCGGUUGGUUGCUGCUGCUUUAAGACUGUUUCGUCAAAACGUCGUCGUUGCUGUUAUAAUAUCUCACGGUUUAGCAUUGGACGAAGGCUCGUUUCGACCGGAGUAGAGGCCGGUCCUUUUCUAGCGGUGGUCAGAAUCAGCGAUUUACAGUGGCAGCCACAGCAGCAGCGGUGGCGGCGGUGGCGGUAGCAGCAGCAGCUGGAAAGCCGACGGUCAGCUGAGCUGAAUGAGCGAAAACGAUUUGCCGGUAUCUCGGCGUCGGAGUUUGCCGUGUCUGUCUGCCCUACGCUGAUCGGACGGAACUGCAGCUUCGUUCAGCAUCUGUGCACUGAUCUCGGAUGUAUGUCUUACGCUGUUGUUGAACAUCGUCCUGGUAGCCAUUGGCGCAAGCGGCAUUUUAGUUACCAGUCACUUCUGAUAAUAGUAGUGAACCAGUCGUAAGUCACUAGUCGAUAUUCACACUUCACUGUUACGCUUCAACGUUCGAGGGUGAGCACCGCCGCUAUUAAUAACAGUAUCAAUUGGUCGCUACCGGCUUUACAAUUACGCGACGGUGCGUCGCCAUCAACGCCCAUCCCGUUUGCUCCGAUGUUUGUCUUCGUAGCGAUCAGUGACGAGCAAUCGAUGCUUUUGACACAAGGAAUUUUCAAUCACAGCAAAAGCAUCAGCAGCGAUAAAAGUUCUUAUCGCAGCAGCAGCAGCAGCAGCAGCACGGAGCAAACUAGUAAUAAUCUCGACAGUAUCUUCCACAGAGCCAGCUGCAUUGACAGCGAAAACGAUCGAAGUGUUAGAGCUAUAUCAGUAGCUCUCACCGUUGGCGAAAGUCUCCUCGGAGGUGGACUCAUCCUGCAAGACGUCUGCGAUGGAUGUUCGUAGCCCGGUCUAAGCCUUGUUCUCUGAGUGCUAUUAACUGCGUUGCAUGUUAGUGUUGGGCGGUCGGGUUAUGACGGCAGUAGCAUGGAAGCCACGGAAAAUAGAAACAGAAAGAAAACCUACUGAGAAGGUGCAAGGGAUCACGGAAGCAGGGAAAUACGGAUAAUAGGAGAAGUGCGGUUUAAUUUGCACGUCGACUCUGCACGGACAUUUUUAGUUUCUCCAGAAAUAGCUACUAUCACAGCAUUAUUUGUUUUCUUCAUUCCGCUGUGAAUCCGCAACGUACCCAUACUGGCAACUCUUGCUGGACAGACUACUGAUGUCGUAUCGAUACGCCAUCAGUUAUGCAGUGUCACCUCCUCCAUCGCAGCUGAGUGAGUUAAAGGAAGAAGAAUAUCAGAUUCUGGCCUUUGUUCCCGAUCCGAGGACGAGUUGAUCAGGAAAAAAGAUAGAGACGAGAGCAUUUUUUUGUCACUGGAAAAAAGUUCAUGGAGUGCUACUGUGAAUGGUCAGCUGCCAUUAAUCGGGCUCCCGGUUGCCCACCGGUCACCGGUUCAGUUGUCUGGUCUGCCUGAGUACCACCCACCUACAAGUGUUCAUUGAGCCUAGUAGUAAUUAGAGGAAAAAGUGCUGGUCGUCGGCGAGAGUUCGACGAGAAAACCUAAAAACGUCGUUAAUGUCUUCACUUGUGGUGAUCAAAAUAAAAUGUAUGUGAAGUACAAUUGAUUACUAUUACUAUUAUUAUUGUUGUUGUUGUUAUUAAUUUUACUUGGGUUCAGUUGGUUAUUAUUGUCCUUCCCUGACGGAUAGAAAAACGUUCGUCCUGCGACGUAACGAAGUUCGGUGCGCGUUCGUCCCGCAAAAUCUGCGCAGCUGAAGGCAGUUUGUCGAGUCGAAAGUCGGUCUGUUAACAGUGCGGAAUUAAGAGUGCGUUUGUCAUUGUUUUCGAGGAGUAUAUAUAUAUGUAUACAUAUAUAUACAUAUAUAUAUAUUGUAUAUAUAUUGUAUAUAUGUGUAGGAAGAGAGAGUUUUACGGAUCGCUUUCGGGUUAGCUCUGUCGUUCUUAAGGCGAUAGCACAACGAUCGCACCAACGAUUUAGCCCCUGUUGUGUGGAAAUCUGCUGGAUGUGCAUGUGAAAGUGUGGAUGUCCGUAUACCCGUCCGAUUUCGUUGUAUUGGACUUCUCGGACUUUUGUUCAGGUUUGUGUUUUAUUGAACCUUACGUUGCUGACAACAACAACAACAGCAGCAGCAGCAGCAGCAGCAGCAACAUCGGCAGUUGACGCUUGAGUGCAGCGAUUGAGGUUGGCGACGAAGCAGCCCUGAGAGAAAUUUUGAAAGGCGAAAAGAAUGUCGACUGGUAAGCGAUUAGCUAAACGCUCGAUCUUGGGAAGCCGGGUCUGCGCGCCUACAGAGGAGGGCAUCUAUAUGCCCGGCCUAAUCCAGGCUACGAAAACCGACGCCCGAAACGAGAACAUCUACACUAUUUCGUUCCUACACAAUAAAGGAAUGACCGGUGAGUACCGAGGGGAUCAGCUGGUGGGACCCGGUUUCAAAUCGGUAGUGAAUGGUCCCCUGAAGUCCGGUCAGAAGGUGUACGUAACCCUCAACGGUCGGGAGGUUUGCGGGGUGGUCGACCAUCACUAUAAGCAUCACGAACAGGUUCUUAUGAGCGUUCACAGUGGAGGACAACUCGUGCAAUUCGUAAAACGUCUGGAAGAGGUUCGUCUUCUUGAAAGUCGCAAAAGCGCUCGGCUCCAAGACAUCGACGUCGAUUACUCGCGUCUGGCUGAAGCCGGUCGAGGCGGACUCAGCAGCGAUCAGAUCGCCGCUGUAAGUUCUUCAGCAACAACUGCCAAUCCUCAACAGCAGCAGCAGCAGCAGCAGCAGCAGCAGCAGCAGCAGCAACAGCAGCAGCAACAGCAGCAGCAGCAACAGCAACAGCAAACGCAGCAACAAACUAACGGAUGGUCCUCGCGUAAACGACGCACCUCAAUGUCGGAUACAAGUGAUUCUCGCAGCGAUACCAUGGACGACUGUAUGGCCGCCAUGGUGCUUAUGAGACUUUCGGUAUCACCGAAAAGCCCGCGCAUUUCCGGAUCCGACUCUGUCGCCUCAUCACUGUCUAGCCAUGUCCCAUCAUCGGCUGCGUCCUCUGCAUCAUCAGCCUCGUCAUCAGGAUGCUCAUCGUUCGAUCCGCAUUCGCUACUGCUGGCAGCACCGUCGGCAGCGUCAUCGUUGUCGUCCGCCACAGGGGGCUUUUUCGAUCUAGGUCUGGUCCGCAUGAGCGAAUCUCGAAAAACCGAGUAUCGAUGCACCCUGUGCGGAGUCCAGUUUGUUGCUUGUGACACCGUUCUUAGACACAUUAGAUUUGCCCAUCUCGACCAAAAUGAAGCCAUGAGUAACGAUAAUGAGGAGCAGUACUACAUCAAAGUCGAGGUUGAGGUUGAAGGCAGCGAUCCUGGCGGCUUCGAUGGACCAGAGGGGGGCGAAGCAGGCGAACCCGAGGAGCUCGCGACCUCAUUUGAAGACGAUAUGUCGCUCAGCGGCGAGUCGACGGAUGACGCGUCCUCUCGACCGUCAUCGCCUCCGUCGCCCGUCGCCUCCCAGCAGCCUUCUCAGCCCCCUCAUAAUUCGAUCUUCAUGAGUUCGGCGCCCACCCUGUCACACCUAGAUAUGGCUCGGCCGCCACACGAGGACCCUGAACUUCAACGCAAGGAGUUUUCCUCUUCGCCGAUCAAUAUCCCACCGUUCAGGCACACGCAGCAGAAGAAACUCCAGACGAAGAUCCACCUGAGUCCGAAACAUCGCUCUCGGGGACGUUCGGAGAGUAGGAAAUGCCGAAAGGUGUACGGCAUGGAGAACCGUGACCAGUGGUGCACGCAAUGCAAAUGGAAGAAGGCUUGUACCAGAUUCGCUGACUAGGUUCUCCAUGCCACGCUAGCAAGUCGUCGUCCGCUCGAACCCUGAAAACGAAGGGUCCGUCACUUCUGAACGAUAGACGCUCCGGUACGGCCAUGCACUUGGCCUGAAACUGACCAGAAGCUGAAAAAUACCGGAUCAUAUGUGCUUCUAGUGAGGCGCGCGGGAAGGAGGAAUGAUUAUUUUGCGGUGACGAAACAGGUGAACAAUGAUGAUGAUGAUGAUGGUAGAGAAGUAAAGGAGGGAUUGCUGAGGGACGCUGAAGAGCGCCGUGAGGACGAAAUUGGAGGUUGGCGGGUAUGGAACAGAAGGAAAGUUAAGUCAGAAUUAGACGUCAGCGAUAAACUGCCACUGAGUCAACCGCUCAGGAUACCCGGGCCCCACUGUAUGCCGCAGCAGCAACAACAAAAGGUGGUGAAAGAAUCAUUGACGAAAAUUGCAGACGAAAUAGUCCAAGCGAACGGCUACACCGAUAUAUCCGUACUGAGAUCGCUGAAUUACGUUGACGAAACUACAGGACAUAUUUAAACACAAACCGAACAUUCAAGUCCCGCAGGGCUCGGGUCUCCCUCCCCAACAAAAUGUACGCCAAUAAUAAUAAUAACGCUGAUGAUAGAAUCUAGGAUGAUAAAUGAGUUACUUAACUAAUACUUCUAUUACUCAUACUAUAGUAUCCCUAUGACAAUAUUAGAUAAUUUCUCGCUACGCAAAGAAGAUCUUCCUUUGGACAUUUCCUUGCGAAAUGAACGGACGCAUUCAAUUAGAUCAUUAAGCGAUUAAACAGACCACACCUGAGUGUCUAUCAACAAUAAGAAAUCAUGAGCAACUAUAAAGCGUAGCGUGAGCGACGCUGACGAGGUAGAUGACGGUAUCCGAAAAAUAGAAAGCGAUAAUUUAUGGAGGAAAAAACUAAAAGUCGAAUCAUUGGGGUAAUAGUAGUACCAGUGCGCCUCAGCACAUAUCAUAAGAAGGCAACGGGGCAACACGAAACAAUUAACGAAGCUCGUAGGUAAGUUAUCGGGACAAAAUUAUGGACUUUUUCGCACUCCUUCAAUAUUCCUCUACCUUAAUACGAACAGGCAAUUCCUCCCCUCAGUAAACUAAGAAAACAAAGUCAGGAACAGCAAGCGAGACGGUAAGAUACAGGGAGGCUAUUUAGAAAUAAAAAAUAGUUCGGUCGUUACGGUCAUCGACAAGCAGGAGUACAUCUACAAAUUUCUGCUACAUCCUCAACUACGUUCGCUAAAAAUCGUAUAUGCUCCCAUUGGUACAAAUGUUCGUGCAGAUGCAAAAAUGAACAAUAAUGAUGGUGAUCGUAACGCGUACAUAGUUUUUAUGGGCCGCUAUAUAUCGGCUGAACUUGAAUUUCCCCUUUAAGCAGAUAACAUAUCUAUCAAUAUACACCCUUGCCUGUCGCGGCUCUGGAAGUUGCAUAAGUUACUGAACUUCUCGAGCGAGGUCACUUGGCAUCAUAAGCGAAUCCGGUUUGUCUAGCAGGUUCAUCUCGGUGCAUUCAGUAUUUAAAGGGUGGUGUGUUAAAAAAGAGAAAAGUAUAAGAAAGCGACUCGAAAUCGCAAAGGACGUCUAGGGCGUGUCCGAGAUGUUUUUAGUCUUGUUGACACGUGCUGCGUGUUCGAAUCGUUGCUAAACGUCGGAGCUUAGCUGCGCACACCCCCGAGGCACACGUCCAGGAAAUUCGACAGUAAUAAGAAUCGUAGAAAGUCUAUCUUCUGUUCGAGGAUCAAAGCGUUUUCAGCAUCCUACCCAUUUCCCGUCUCAAAUUCAAUACCAUCUAUUGUUACGGGCGACAAAUAGCCGUCACCUAACAGUUCUCCAAAGCAAUGGCUAUCGAAGCCAAAAGGGAAGGUCUCCGCAUCGCUUGGUCUCAUACGGACCGGUGCACGAUAGGCAAUGCGGCAACCGCAGUGAUUGCAGUCCGAACUGGACGGAGCUCGAUGAGCUCGUGACAUACAUGCUGCAUAUAACAGUUCUUACAUAAUAAUAAUAAUUAUAAUGGAAAUUCUGCCGAUGAUGAGAUAUGGAUAAUGAAGUACACACAUAUAUUGAUGCGGAUGACACACUGGAGAUACAAUACUAUAUGACGAUAAUAGAAAUAUUGUUGAUUGAUUGAUUGAUUGAUUGACUGAGUGCUUGAUUGUGGAUGACCGAUGUGACGAUG